AUGUACAAUGGUAGAACAGACCCUAUGGAGCAUGCCAGCCACUUCAAUCAAAGAAUGGCUGUACACUCCAAGAACGAGGUCUUGAUGUGCAAAGUUUUCCCAUCCAGUUUGGGGUUUGUGGCAAUGAGGUGGUUUGAUGGUCUGAGGGCAGGUUCCAUUGAUUCCUUUAAGGAACUCACUCAGGCGUUUGGAUCCUGUUUUAUUACGUGCAGCAGGGUUCCUCAACCUUUAGCUUCCUUGUUGUCUUUGUUCAUGAGAGAAUGUGAAACCCUGAAAACAUAUUCGGACAGAUAUUGGGAGAUGUUUAAUGAGAUUGAUGGUGAUUUUGAUGAUGUAGCCAUCAUCACAUUCAAGUUCGACCUACCUACCGAGCAUGGGUUAUGGAAAUCUUUGACUGGGAAGCCUGUUACCAGUGUAUGCCAGCUCAUAGAUCAAAUUGACAAGUAUAAGAGGGUUGAAGAGGACCAGCAGCAAGGUAAGGGAAAUGGCAAGGUUAUCCCUCAGGAAAAGAGGGAUUUCAGGUCAGACCUCUACUAUAAUAAUAGACCCCGGAGGGAUUUUGCUGGGCAGUCUGAGCCUACAGCUCCUCAAGCGGUUAACGUUGUGUUUAGAGAACUGGUACAUCAGGUUUUGGAGAAGAUACAAAAUGAGCCAUACUUUAAGUGGUUGAACAGAGUGAGUGGAGGCCUUUUGAGGCGCAACCAAAGCCUUCACUACCAAUACAACCAAGAAAGGGGACAUACCACCGAGGACUGUAGAACACUGUGGAACCAUCUGGAGCAACUGGUCAAGGAAGGGAAGUUGCAACAAUUUUUGUACCGGCCCAACGAACAAGGGGACCAAUCAGGGUUAGGGGCUCGGGGGAAUACUCCUUCAAGGCCCCCGCUAGGUACCAUCAAUGUCAUUUUUGUUGCGCUUGGGAGAACUGGUUCUCACCCUUCCAAGGUAAUGUCUGUAGCCAAGCUAUCGCCCGAGGACUCUCACUCCAAGCCGAAGAGAGCUAGGAUAGAGGUCCGAUCACCGUUGAGUUUCUCAGAUGAGGACAAGAUUGGAACCAUCCAACCAAAUGAUGACGCUUUGGUAGUUACCCUCAGAAUAAGGGGGUAUGACGCUAAGAGAGUAAUGGUAGACCAAGGCAGUUGUGUAGAAGUCAUGUACUUUGACUUGUACAAGGUGCUGAACUUAAACCCUGAGGAUUUGACAGUUUAUAAUUCACCUUUGGUAAGCUUUGAUGGGAAAGUUGUUAUUCUGAGAGGCCAGAUUAGAAUGCCCGUUCAGGCUAACUCAGAGGUGGUGGAAAUAGACUUCAUUGUGGUAGAUGCAUACUCAUCCUCCACAGCCAUGAUGGCCAGACCAUGGCUCUAUACCCUAGGAGCUGUUUCUUCAACUCUGCAUUAG